AUGGGAAGCGCGCUCUGGACAGAAAAGUAUAGACCAAGGAAAUACACGGAGCUGGUAUUUAAGGGAGAUGUUCAUCACGACGCUCUCAGAUGGCUGAGAGAUUAUCCUAGCAAUGGACGGAUCCUCCUGCUAUGUGGGCCACCAGGAACAGGAAAGACGGCAUUGGCGCAUGUCCUUUCAUCCGUAUUUGGGAUGAAUCUCGUCGAGUUUAAUGCCAGCAGCGAUUCUGAGUAUGUGAGUAAGAUAUUGGACAGCGGAGGGACGAUAAACGGAAAGAAGAAUCUGAUUCUUGUUGACGAAAUAGACGGCAAUCCGUUGAUAGAGGUGGGCAGGCUGGCAUCUUCUACGAGGUUGGCACAUCCGGUGGUAAUGACAUCAAAUGAAGUACGUCUGAAGGAUGUUUAUACUCUAGAGAUCAAAAGGCCUGGAAUAGAUGAGAUCAGGAGGGGCAUAGAAAGGAUCUGCAGGGAAGAGGGAAUCAGGGUUGACAACUCUGUCCUGACAAGGAUGGUGGAAGAUUCUGGUGGGGAUUUCCGGGCGAUAAUAAAUCACCUUCAGAUGUGUAGCCUGGUGCUGGCGAGCUCGGGCUGCCCAGUGAUGGAGAAGUCGAUCCCAAUAGGCCAAUACAGAGCAACCGAGCUGAUUCUGUCAAGGUACAUUGGGUGGGGGGCAUACGAGGACAUGUACUCCAGUGGUGUGCUGUCCCUAUGCCAUAGCUCAUUUCCAUAUAACACUGGUGUAAUGAGAUGCAUCAGAGACAUAAGCGAAGGUACAUCCAUUGCAGAUCUUCUCCCGGAGGAGUUCAGAUACAUAGUCCUAUCAAAGUACAACGGGUGCAACAGCAGAAAGGCCGAUAUAAGGAGGGCAGAGCACUACAACGAGCCCAGGGGUGAUCUCCUAAACGAAAGAGUCCUCCCUUAUUUCAAGAAGUAUGAUUUGAACAGAACAGAUAAAAGGAGCCUGGACCACCUAAGGGAGAUAGUGAAAACAUACAACAUCAAGAAUGUAAAGCUGAAGGAGGAGAGUGUGGUGAAGACCGACAGAAACAAGGGCCCCAAGAAGUUCAGGUUCAAGUAUAAGCCUGGAUCUUCAUCGGCAUUUAGAAGAGAUGUAACAGUGGAUGAGAUUAUGGACUGGCUAUUUAACUCUUGA